UCUGCAGGUUUACAGGAAACACGAGAACCAGGAAGUAGAAAGUUUGUGGAGAUUUGUUUGUGUCGCCAAACUUUCAAAUGUUCAAAGUUUAACUUUCGGUUUAGAGGCCGGAUAAACACCGUGUUAAAGAAACUCAGGUGUAAACGUCACCUUCGGGGUCUAAGGACCAGCUGAGGAGGCCAUGAAUCGAGUUCCCCUGCAGCAGCAGCAGAGCUGUGGGUCCUGGGAGCUGAAGGAGCGGCUGGGAACUGGAGGCUUUGGGAAUGUCACAAGAUGGCAGAAUAAGGACACAGAGGAGCAAAUUGCUUUAAAGCAGUGUCGCCAGGAGCUGAGCGAGAGAAACAAAGAGAGAUGGUGUCUGGAGAUCCAGAUCAUGAAGAGGUUGGACAAUGUUAACGUUGUUGCAGCCAGAGAGGUUCCUGAGGGAAUGCAUGAGCUGGUGUCCAACAAUGACCUGCCCCUGCUGGCCAUGGAGUACUGCCAGGGAGGAGAUCUGAGAAAGUAUCUGAACCUCCCGGAGAACUGCUGUGGAAUGAGGGAGGGCUCUGUUCUGAUUCUGUUACGCGACAUCUCUUCGGCUCUGACCUACCUCCACAAUAAAAGGAUCAUCCACAGAGAUCUGAAGCCAGAAAACAUUGUGCUGCAGCAGGGAGAGAAGAGAUUGAUCCACAAGAUUAUAGAUCUUGGCUAUGCCAAAGAGCUGGACCAGAGCAGCCUGUGCACAUCAUUUGUGGGAACUCUGCAGUACUUGGCUCCGGAGCUCAUUGAUAGGCAGAAGUACACAGUCACUGUGGACUACUGGAGCUUUGGGACCUUGGUGUUUGAGUGCAUUACUGGAUAUCGUCCUUUCUUACCGACCUGGCAGCCCUUCCCCUGGUACAACAAACUGAGGCUAAAGGAGGAUCAUGAUAUUGCUGUCUAUGAGGCCCUCUCAGGGGAGGUCCGCUUCUCCCAAUCUCUGCCCCAGCCCAACAACCUCAACAGUCUGUUGCUGAAGAAGAUGGAGAAGUGGCUGCAGCUGAUGUUUAAGUGGUCGCCUCAGGAGAGAGGAAAAGACCCCAAAGCUACGCCCAGCGACUGCUUCUCCCAGCUGGAGAUUAUCCUGCAGCUCAAGCUGGUUCACGUCCUGAACAUGAUGUCCGCUAAGAUCCUGAUAUACUCGGUCUCGGACGAUGAGACUGUGGCCGACCUGCAGCUGAGAAUAAAAGACGACACUGACAUCCCUGCAGCCAAUCAGGAGCUGCUGCUGGAGGCGGGAUUAGUCUUGGAGCCUAAUGGACUGGCCACGCAGUGUGCCGUGGAUUACAAAGAAAUAGAUGGGCGACGGACAGACUUGCCCUUGGUCUUCCUGUUUGAUCGCUCCUCUUGCAGUUAUGAGCCUCAGUUUACUCCUCGCACCCUCCCAGAAAACAUCCGCUUUGCCCAAACGAAUCCCCUGCACCCUCUGGCUUACAGCCCUCUGAGGAGGACUUGUGGCCAGGCGUGGCAGACCAUCUUCUCCCUGAAGGAAGACUGGCAAAGACUGCAGCAGGGGCAGAAAGCUGCCAUCAUGAGCCUGCUGAGGCACAACUCUUCACUGUCCAAACAGAAGAAUGAGAUGGUGUCCAUGCACCAGAGGCUCAUGGCCAAGCUUGACUUCUUCACCACCAGCCUUCACAUAGACAUGGACAAAUACCAGGAGCAGACAGCCACCGGGAUCGCAUCAGAGAAGCUCCUCUGUGUGUGGAGGGAGAUGGAGCAAACUGCUGCCGGCUGUGGUCAGGCCAAUGUGAGUGAAUUGGAGGAAGAGAUGAUGCAGCUGCAGCAGGACAUAGUGGAUGUGCAGAGGCAGCCGUGGAGGAGUGGAGAGGCCCUGGACACAUUAGAGGGAAAGGCGAUGGAGAUGUUACGCAAACUCAGAGAGAAACCCAGAGACCAGCGGUGUCCAGGAGACAGUCAGGACGUGGUGCGCCUGGUGGUUCAGGCUGUGCAGUUCUACGAGAAGAAGCUCAAGGACUUCUACACUCACCUCAGUAAGACCGCCGUGUGCCGUCAGCGUGUGAUGGAGCUGCUGCCGAAGGUGGAGGGCGUGGUCCAGGAGAUGGCCGAGAGCGAACAGGUCCUGAUGAGUCUGCAGGAGAAACGACAGAGGGAGCUGUGGAACCUGCUCAAGGUCGCCUGUAGUAAAGUUCGCAGCCCAGUGAGUGGGAGUCCUGAUGGAUUACGAACCACCUCGUCGGUGCCUCCUCUGCUGACCCCCAAACAAAGUUUACAGCAGUUGGAUGAGUCUCUGGUGGAGCAGAGCAGAACGUUCGAGAGUCGACUGCAGAGUUUGCUGCAGGACACCAUGCAGGAAUCAGAAAACAGUAUGGAGAUGUUGAGUGAGUGGACGUGGCUGAACGGAGGCCAGAGUUUCUCCAGUGAUCUCGCCUAAAUUCAGUUUCAUUCAUGGAUUACAUGUGGUGCUGUGCUGCCUCUGUGUGGAUGGGAGGUCGCACUGCACGGAGACAUGGUACCAGCUGUUCUGUCAAUGUGAGUGGAGUAACAAUGCAAUAGAUGCUGGCACAUAUUUGCUGAAUGGGAUUAGAGAGUAGGUACAUCUGUUCACUGCCGAUCAUCAGAGCACUGAAGCCAAUUAUUACUGCAAUAAUGAUUCACAUCAGAGAAACUUCUAAUAUAAUUAUUUAUUGACCUUAUCUGUACGUUUUAAAAGAACCAUCAAAUGAGUUGGGGUAGAAUUGCACAGUUCAACCCUUCCACUGAUUUCAUCAGAUGAUCCUAGGUGUAGGAUGUGUAAUUAAAAUUAAAAUGUUUAUAAAAUCCCAGUUACAACAUUCACAGUAUGAGGAGAAGUUUGCUCGAUAUCCCAGAAAUAUAUUUUAACCACAAAUUUUCGUUUGAGAAUACAUGAAUGUAAAUAAUGCAUUGCAGUGAUCUGAAAUAUUUCCAUCCUCUUUAUUUGAAAAUACUUUUGCACAUUAAUCACAAGUUAAAAAAACAUAUUUCAGUAGUAUUUUAAAGAAGAUGUGUGUCAGGUAACAACAUUUUUAUCAGAUUUUAUUUGUUUCUUAAUGCAGCAUUGUUUUUUAUUGCAAAAUUUAUUUUCACUGAAUAUUAUGUAAGUUUAUGAGUAAAUAUGAAUGUGAAUUUGUUUUUCUACAUCCUCUGAUAAUGACAAAGGGGUUUAACACAAAAACAGGAGCACCAGCACAGUGUGGUGCAGUCCAGUUUCCCUGCAGUGAUUUCAAGAGAUUCAAAAGUUUUUAGUGUGACUCAAUGUUUGUGGAGACGACACAUGCAUAUCCCGUUAUACUCCCUUGGCCUGGUUCAAGAUGGUGUUGAGUACAGAUGAUUCAUGGUCUAAAGCAUAACUUUUGAUUUUGAAAAUGUUCUUUGUUGAUUUUAAAAAUGGUCAAAUUUAUUGUAAAACUGUGAAAACAGUUUGUAAGUUAAAUAGAUUUAUGCAGUAUUGGCCUUUUAUUUGUAUUGCAUUUGAAUCUGUGAAUUUUAGAUAAGACUGCUACAGCACAAUGUUGUACAGCUGCAUCAUGAGAUUUUUCACACUUACACAUCCAAUCUGUAUCCUGAGUAUUGUCGGUCGACUGUACUGUACAUAGAUAAUUCACAGUGAUGACAGAUGUUACAUUAUCCUGAUGGUUGUUUGUGUACAUACUGUUACGAUUGUAUUAAUGUCAGAAUAACAGAAUGUUAGACGACAUCCCUCAUUGAAUUUUCUAUCUUGAACAGUGUUUUAUUUUUCUGUAAAUGACGUCUUCUUCGAUUCAUUCCAAUUUUUCUAAGGAUGAGGCACAAGUUCUUCUUCCUUUGCUGUUUCAUGUCAACCAAAAUAAAAUAAAAAAACACCCAUUGAUAUGA